AUGCCAAAUCUAACCUACACCUUUGUCGUGGAACACCUCGACCCAGAAGUCGGCCCUUGGUCUGCGUUGGAAUACAAAACCAUCGCCAAAGAAUCCAAGCAGCAAAACUGUCGCUUCAUCCUGUCUUCAGUCCCUCCGUCUCUGCUAGAAACCCAAGAUCUCAAGCACUUGCAAAGCGUGGGAGCGGAGGCCAGAAGCGACAGUGUUGAGGCAUAUUUUGCCAGCAAAAAAGAAAAAAUCUGUCUCCUCGAUCCUGCGGCCGAGCAGGAGCUUGACCCCUCCGACGCUGCAGUCUUUGAUGUUUUCUUGUUUGGAGGCAUACUAGGCGACGACCCUCCACGAGCAUUAGACCGCACCAGUGAACUACGAAAGAAGGGCUUCACCGGACGCCGGCUAGGGCCCAAACAGAUGACCACAGACACAGCUGUACGAGUAACGCGGAUCGUUAUCCUGGACCAGAUCCCUUUGGCCAAAAUCCCAUAUACAGAUUUUCCGGAGUUGAAGCUGGACGAACACGAAUCCACCGAGAUGCCUUUUCGAUACGUGGCAGAUCAAUCGGGGAAGCCUAUCAUGCCUGAGGGCAUGAUCGAGUUGAUCAAAGCAGAUGCAGACAAGGCAUUUGAUGAUCUCGAGCUCGUCGACGAAGUUGACGGCCUAGAGAAUUUGAAGGUUGACAGACCUUGA